GGUGUGGAACAGAAUAACGGUCGAGGCGCGAGCACUCUUAUUAGCUACAGACGCACGCGCUGGUUCUGUUCCUUUAAAAGCGCUCGCGCUCUGUGAAGCGUCUCUCGAGGCGCAUCCUCUCUCUCAGCGCGUGCACCACAUAUGCUGGUGUUUAUGUGAAGAUAACAACAGUAACGACGGAUAUAAAGGUUUGUACUUGAAAGAUAAAGAACCCCUUCGUCUAAUAGCUCCGGGAUACAAGAGAUGGAAGGUCAGUGAGUAUCUCUCUCUAUGGCUCAGAGGAAGAGGCCUGGGCCCAGCAGCAGCAUGGCCUCAGCAGAGCUUCAUGCUCCAGCACCAUGCCCAUGCCCUGCCCCAUAUCCUAGCAAAGAGUGUGAAGAGAGACAAGACACUGAAACCCCUGUACCCCCUUAUUGUGAGCAGGAAGAGGUGGACCUGCCUAGCAGCCAUCCUGCCACGCCAGAACACACCAACUCUAAUUAUCAUGGCCAUCCAGAUAGUCUUGAUGGGGAUUCAAGCUCAGACUAUGUCAACAAUACAUCAGAGGAUGAAGAAGAUUAUGAUGAAGGGUUGCCUGAAGAAGAUGAGGGAGUGACAUACUAUAUCCGUUAUUGUCCGGAGGAUGACAGUUACAUGGAGGGAAUGGACUGUAAUGAGGGCAGAUAUGGGCGUGCUGAGCCACCCCCAGACACAGAUGAGUGUCAAGAAGCAGUGGAGGAGUGGGUGGAGGGUGAGGGUGAGGUGCGCUGUGAAGUUCUGGAGCAGGACUCUGACCAGCAGAUAUAUGACGGGAGACCUGAACCAGUCCUUGAUCACCAUCUGCACCAUAAGUACCAUCACCAGGACCAAGCUCUUCCUCAAACCCAGGAACAAGAGGAUGAUGAUGAGGAGAGUGAGGACUACUGUGCUAAUGAAGAGGAGGAACCAGAGGAGGAACAAGACAGAGAGGCCUACACAGGGGACUACUACGCCCCAGAGGACAAUGGGAACUCCAUGUAUACAGGCCACAAGGUCAUAGAGGGUGAAACAGGUGAAGAAACGGAGGAAGACAUUGAUCAAAUUGUGGCUGAGAUUAAGAUGAGCAUGAGCAUGGGCAGCCUAAGCAGUGGCACUGAUCAGAGCCCAGAGGAGCUGAUACCCAUGCCUGGGCAUUACCAGGCUGAAGCUGAGCCCAAAGCUGAACCAGCACCAUACCCCCCACCACACCGCCAUGAUGGAAGGCCCAAAACCCUUAACAUCCCCACUGCCGGUCACAACUCACAGCCACAGAGGAGCUCAAAAGGGCACUUGCACACCCCAGAAGAGAGGAGAAGAUGGGCACAGGAGCAGCACAGGGAACAGGUGUCACAUAGUGCAGAGCAGCCACGAAAACAGCAACGCUCAGAUCUCAAUGGACCUCUGGAGAACAACAACGUCCCUGAGCCAUCAAAGAAGGCAGCAUCUUUCCCCAGCUUUGUCGAUGUUCCAGGGCCGUGUGAGCCUGAGGACCUCAUUGAUGGGAUCAUCUUUGCUGCCAACUAUCUGGGUUCAACACAGUUGCUGUCGGAGAGAAACCCAUCUAAAAACAUCCGCAUGAUGCAGGCACAGGAAGCUGUGAGCCGAGUCAAGAGAGUUCAGAAGGCAGCCAAAAUCAAGAAAAAGGCGAACUCUGAAGGGGACACACAGACACUGACGGAGGUGGAUCUCUUCAUCUCCACCCAGAGGAUCAAAGUCCUCAACGCUGACUCACAGGAGACGAUGAUGGACAACGCACUGCGUACUAUCUCAUACAUCGCUGACAUUGGAAACAUUGUGGUCCUGAUGGCACGCAGACGCAUGCCACGCUCCGCCUCACAGGACUGCAUUGAGACCACCCCAGGUGCUCCAGAGGCCAAGAAACAGUACAAGAUGAUCUGCCAUGUCUUCGAGUCGGAAGACGCCCAGCUCAUAGCACAGUCUAUCGGUCAGGCGUUCAGUGUGGCCUACCAGGAGUUCCUACGAGCCAACGGCAUCAACCCAGAGGACCUGAGCCAAAAAGAGUACAGUGACAUCAUCAACACACAGGAAAUGUACAAUGAUGACCUCAUCCACUUCUCCAACUCCGAGAACUGCAAGGAGCUGCUGUUGGAAAAGCAAAAGGGUGAAAUUUUGGGCGUAGUAAUAGUGGAGUCUGGCUGGGGCUCCAUUCUGCCCACAGUGAUUCUGGCUAAUAUGAUGAAUGGAGGACCAGCCGCACGCUCAGGGAAGCUCAGCAUCGGAGAUCAGAUCAUGUCCAUCAACAACACUAGUCUGGUGGGGCUGCCACUCGCCACCUGUCAAGGCAUCAUUAAGGGUCUAAAGAACCAGGUGCAGGUGAAACUAAACAUCGUAAGCUGCCCUCCAGUGACCACAGUUCUCAUCAAAAGACCUGACCUCAAAUACCAGCUGGGCUUUAGCGUGCAGAAUGGCAUCAUAUGUAGUCUGAUGCGUGGUGGUAUAGCUGAGCGAGGAGGGGUCCGGGUUGGCCAUCGGAUCAUUGAAAUAAAUGGCCAAAGUGUGGUGGCCACAGCUCAUGAGAAGAUUGUCCAAGCGUUGUCCAACUCUGUGGGCGAGAUCCAUAUGAAGACAAUGCCAGCGGCCAUGUUUAGGCUCCUAACCGGCCAGGAGACUCCCAUGUACAUCUGAGUGAAUGAUAAAAGACAUUUAAUGGACACAUCUAAGGAUCUCUGUCUUUUGACAGCUCGUCUCUCUUCUUUUGAUUCACAGAUAAUAACUUGUCUCUCUUGUUUUCUCCUAACUCCCAUAUAACACAGCCAUUUUCCAAUGAUUCUGUGGAUUUUGUUUGUGGCAUUGUGUGUAUACUCAGUGGGCGUUCAGUCAGAUGCUGAAAGCCGGAGCUAAUGCAUCAUUUUUUUUUUUCUUAUAUGCAAAUAAAAAGGGGAGCUCGUGUAUAUUUAUUUCAGCUUCCCUUACAGCUCUUUAAUUUAUUUUAAUUAUCGAUAAAGUGUCUUGCUCCUGUGUGUGAACUAUGUUGGAGAGUUUGUGCUGUAAAUAUUUAUUCAUCUCAUCAGAGGAUGGGAAAAGCAAAGCCAGGGUGAAAAGUCCACCCAUGUAAUACCCAAAAAUAGUGAGAGUGGUGACUGUAUCUGGAUUGGGAAGAGAAAAAAAAACAAAACUCUAGCUAUAUAAAGAGUUUUAAUAUACGUUUGUGUUAACAAUGUACCUUUUCUUUAAAAUAAUCAUCAUGUUACUGUAGAACAAGUUUCUCUUUCGCUCUAGCGGGUGCAGAGACAUUUACAGUAGUCAUGUAUCAUUUCAUCAGUCUAAUGUCAUUCUCCGUCUAACACAGAAAUAAAACCAAUUGAUAAAUGACAUGAAAUUACAAGCUUAUAUAAUUAUUAUUAUUAUGACCCCCUGUAAAAAGUUUUAGGACAAAGCAGAAUGCAAGCAGAAAUCACCAAAGUUUAGCCAAAUGUAAACUUCUACUCUUGAAUGUGGUCACUUAGCACUGAGUGCAUAUAAAGCAUUAGCAUAUCUCACAGCUACAUGACUCAGACCAGCCAGACUUAUGGCUUUUUAUUUAGUUUAAAAGAUUUUUUGGUCUAUAUUUUUUGUACUUUAUAUUUAUUUGGCAGGAUUUACACAGGUAAGUCAUGUCUGGACAUUUAAUUACUACAGUGGCUAAAGUUUCAGUCGUACAAACAGAAUACACACACAAACACACACACACAUACUGUACAUAUACAGUAUAUAUAUAACAUUUAUCUCUGUUUCUCUCCCAUAUUUAGCCCUUGCUAGAGGGGAAAUGCACAUCUAUUGAGCAGGCAGAAUUUAGGGUGAGUGCUGAUUAAACCGAAAUACAUUCUAUACAGAUGUGAAACCCAUAUUCUAACGAUUCUGUUUUAGAUUCUACUGCAGAGCAUUUCAUAAGGUAUACUUCCACACACAUACCCUUUCAUUAGCUUCUUACUUCAGUGAUAUCGGUAUCCUUGUGCGAUUGUAUGGCAAGGAGUUUAAUUAUAAGGGGUUACAGUCGCUUGCCAUACAUGUAUAUUAUGAAAAGCUGUAACACUUCAAACUUUCCUUACAGUGAAUGUUCAUUUGAUCGAUACAUAUUUGCAUAAACAUAUCGAGGGCUAUAUUUGACCAUGUGUACAGUAUAUACAGGCAUUACUUCAGCUUGUCAGCAGGGGAAGCUGAUUUCAGUGGUCAUACUGUUGAUUUUAUGAACUUGGUAACUUUUACUUGAAUUUACCGGGGAAGUUGAAAGGGAUGUCUAAACAAACAGUUAUGAAUAUCUCAAUAAGUGAAUAACUGACAUCGCUAGACAUAUUAAUAGCUACAGUUAACCUCAACACAAUAUAUGGCACAAUGAAAUGGCUUUUCUACAUCAUGACACGAAUAUACCCCAGAAUAAAUCUUUAGGAUGUUAUAGUCCAGAGUUUGGAGGAAUAACAGAACUGUUGUACAUACAAAGCAACUCCAAACAGGAAGGAACAUUUUUUAUAUUCUGAUUCAUCACCAAAAAUAAGCCAUCUUCAUUUUGUGGGUAUUAAAUUGUUUUUGUUGUUGUUGUUUUUUUAAACAUGGCCGUGCACAAACCUUUUGUAACCUACAACAUGUAAAACAAAAAUGAUCCCACCAUCAUAAUAAUCCAAUAAACCUAACAAUAACCCAUCUUUUUUUUUAAAGCAUACCCACUGUAUCAUAUCUAAAAGUUUAUUUUUUGUGUGUUUUUUGUCCAUUUUUGUGCGUGAUUGACAAAAACUCUUUCGAGUUGUGAAUGUAAAUGUGUUGUUAAUAGUGCAUCCAUUACCUUGCGCAGUAUUAGAAUGUCUGUACAUAAACACAAACAUGGUUUAGUAAAUGUGCCCAGAUUAGGAUGGCACUGACUCUGUUAACUCUCCCUUUCCCUGCUUUGUGUCAGGCUUCUGCCUUGAGGAAAUAAAUUCACACUGUGAUCAGAAGCCUUACUGCAGAGUAAGCUUUGGGGGGGAUAUGAGAAAAGGUGAAACAAGGAAAGUCACAAAGAUUAAUAGUUACCUGUUUGCAUGCAGCAUAAAUGUCAAAAGGGAAAAAAAAGACAAAAAAUAAACACGAAAAAAAAAACGAUAACAAUAAAACGUAACAUAAGCCA